CGGACUCGACUCCUCUUCUUAAAACUGUGCGGGGGGGAAGGUGGUGCGUUCGUGGUGCUGGGGAAACGAUGUCCGUGUUCCUCUCCCUGCGCACCGCCCGAACACUUUGCACAACGACCACCACCACCGUCGCUGGCACCGGUACCGCCGCCGCAUCGAGUCUCCAGAAGCAGCAGCACAUAUUGGAGAGGGUGAAGCAGGAGCGCGACCCGGAGAAGCUCUACCUGCUCUUCAAGGCCAACACUCACAAUCGAGUUCUCCUCGAGAACCGCUUCGCUUACCAGGACGCCGUCUCACGCCUUGCCGGCGCCCGCCGCUUUGACCUCGUGGAGCGCCUAUUGGAGGAUCAGGCAACUCUCCCUCACUGCCGGCGGCGGCAGGCCUUCCUAGCCCGCCUUAUUCUCCUCUACGGCCACGCCGGCAUGCCUGACCACGCUCUUCGCGCCUUCCGCCGCCUCCCCUCCCCGCCACCCACUAAAUCCUUCAACGCCACGCUUACCGCGCUCGCACUCUGCCGCCGCUUCGACGAUCUCCUGAUGUUCUUCUACGAGGUGCCUUCCUCCCUCGGCCUCUCCCCUGAUCUCUUCUCUUAUAACAUCCUUAUCAAGGCCCUCUGCGACAUGGGCGCCCUGGAUUCCGCCUUCCUCCUCUUGGCGGAUAUGGAGAAGCACGCCGAACUCUCCCCCGAUGUCGUCUCUUACACCACUCUUCUCUCUGCUUUCUACAAGAGCGGCAAUGGCAAAAUGGCCGAUGCGAUUUGGAACAGGAUGGUGAUUAAGGGAGUGAGACCCAAUGUGGCUACUUUCAACGUGAGGAUCCAGUAUCUCAUUAACAGGAGGAAGAAUUGGCAAGCGAGGAAUAUGAUGAGGAAGAUGGUAUCCAUGGGGCUAAGGCCCGAUGACGCGACGUAUAAUUUGAUCAUCAAGGGUUUCUGCGUCGUGGGCAAUCUCGAAAUGGCGAAGAAGUACUUUUUUGGGAUGGCGAACUUCGGUUACAAGCCUAAUUCGAGGAUCUACCAGACGAUGAUUCACUACCUCUGCGGCGAAGGUGGAGAAUUAGGGUUGGCGUUUACGCUGUGUAAGGAGAGCAUGGCCAGAAACUGGUUUCCUAAUGUGAAUACGAUUUAUAAACUAUUGGAUGGGCUUGCGAGUGACCCUGAGAAUGGUGAAAGGGUGAAGGAGAUCAUAGAGAUGGUGAGAAAAAGGGCUCCUUCUUAUUCUGUGCAAGAACUCAAAGCUUUUCAAACGUACUUGACUAGAUAUGGAGCAAAAUGAAGGUGCACUCUUUGCUGCUAAUCCCAGAGAAGUCUAGAAUUUGAUGCUUUGCAUCCUUUGGUAGCUUUCAUCAUUCAUAUGGUUCUGUGGAGGUUGUCUGGAGAUUUGAGAUCAUUUUGACUGUUCUGCGGAAUCGAUCUUGAAGAUGUUUUCAUGUUAAUGAUUGACGUUGUAAUAGAAGCAAUAACUGUAGAAGGAUUUUGCUGAAACUUGCAACGCAGAUAGCUAUUUGGAGGUGAAGAUCAUCGGCACUCUACUUAUUUAUUUGGCAAAUGAGACAAGUAGUCCGUGAAGGGUUUUCGUUUAUGAACAUCAUCUGCUGACGAGUAAGUUCUUUUGAUGGUUUACUUCUCUGUAUAUAAUUAUUUUCAUUCUUUUGCAGAUUGUUUGGUUCUGAAAACCAGUAACAUAGUCUGACGGAUUGAGGAUCUCCGGAAAGUACGAGAAGAUCAUCCUUACGGUAUCCGGAUGCUCAAAGGCAAUUAGGUUGGAGAUUGAUAACCAAUUGCAUGCUGCUUCAGGACCGUUGGCAUUGUUCAACUUUGUGGAGGCAUGACGAAGCUCAAUUCCUGUGAAGUGUGAACACAAAAAUUUCGUGUAUCUUGAGAGUCAGCUUUCAGCUGACGAUGAUUUGUGGAGCAACUGUGAAUUCAUGGAGUACUCAAUGAAGAUGCAUUGUGAAAGAAGAAAAAAAAUGAAGGAAAGAAAAAAGAGAUGUGGAUAUUUAGUGACAGCAUAGGGAGAAUACCGGGAAUUCUCUAGUUAUACAGUACUGCAUGGGCUGCCGUUGCAUAGAUGUUACGCAAGGUAAUCGGGAGCAUGUGGCGAUCUAUGCUUUGCCAUGAGACGUUGUUCAAGAAUGGUCACUAACAAUCCUUUGCUGGAACAGGGAAUAAGAUCUGCGGCUCUAGGCGUCUCUGACCGUGAAACUCUCAAGUACAGAGAGUUGCAUAUUGGAAGAUAACAAAUGACGAAGGUUAUACAGAGAAUUUAUUCAUUUAUUAAUCUGUUCACCUUUGGGUCACUUGAUGUAUGUUUCUCUUUUUCCAAUAAGGUAACAAAUAAUUCGGUGAAUUAAUUAUCAAAGAAGAGGGCAUCAUGUAAGGCCUCUUGCUUUUUUUUCACUUCAGAGAACUGAAAAAUUCUUAUGUGAUAAUUUUGAAAGUAUGUUAUACAAUGUUGUUUUAU